AGGUCACAAACAGGCCACGUUUCAUGAACUUCGAUACUUUGAAGUAGAAGUUCGAAGACGUUAAUUGAAUUUGAGUCUACAGUUCUGUACACAUAGAAAUGGCCCACAGAUAUUGUUCAGGAAGUAGGGAGAGCGUCUGCCUGAGGUGUAACUCGACGGUGUAUCAAGUGGACAAGAUUGGACCGCUUAAAGACUUAACUUUUUUUCACCAGAACUGUUUCAAAUGCUCCGUGUGCGGGACUAAGCUGACCCUCAGGACCUACUACAACAACCAACAGAAUCAAGACGAUAAGGAAGUAUAUUGUAAUAGCCACGUGCCGAGGACUGGCCCUGGACAUUUGGAUGGAACGUCGGUGGGAAUAAAAAGUGCUCUUAAAGCACCUAAACAAAAUAACAUUGUUAACGACCAGAUCAGAGGCUCAGGAAAAGGGACCAUCGACUCUGAUGCCAUCGGCAUAAAAUCUGUUUUAAGUUACGCCAGAGUGCACGAGAAUGAAGGUCGUCAUAGACACCAUUUUGCCGGCACUUUCGACGUCAACGCUCUGCACGUUGCCCAUGGAAUAAACGCCACCAAAGUUCAGAAGCGAUACAGCGUUGAGCAGCGUGUUUGUAAACUGGAUGAGUAUUUG